AAGACUCAAACAAAAUUGGGAGCGUUUCUUCUGAAAGAUGAAACAGUAGAUACAAUUUCGUUAGGAAGUUUCUUUGCAAAACGAAAAGAGAAAACAGAGGGAACAUCUUCCCAGGCCAAGUCCACUGCGGCGGAGUUAAGAGAAGCUUCAAAGCAUCCUGCUACUAUGGCAACAACGUCAUCAGCAAAACUGAAAUUGAAACCAGAAAAUACUGAAAGAAAAAAGGAGUCAGAAACAGUAAGUUGUGUUUACAAUAUGAGGAUGUGCAUGUCUGUCAUGUGACAUUAUCUUUGAAAUUCUGAUUGUGUGCAAGCUCAGUGUUUAUUUCAGAAUUUUUAUUCCGGUGGUUUUCUGUGUAAACUAUAGUAAAAAGAACUUUAUUAAGACGUUAAAAGUUAUCUGUUAUAAUAUUCUGUUAGAAUUUCCUGCGUAUGUCUAUGAAAUUGGCGAAAGGAAAGAGUAUGACAGCAUGCUGGGCUAAGACAAACGAAUAUUCUAACCAAAGAGAAAACUCAUUCUGUUUAUUUAUUGUAGUUUCUGUAUCAGUCAAAACGUCAAUUUCGCACAAGUUUACGGAAAUAUCAAGUGAAACAUAUUCACAGUCUUCCCUCAUAUCAUAUACACUCAGUCUGAAGUAUAAGAGAAAACACAUUUGAAGUUGUACAAUUUGAACGAAAGUUGUACAAUGCUAUUUUGCAUAAAACUAGAAAUUUCAUCUUUUGUAGCCGUCAAGUUCGAAACGAAAGGCAGAAAGCUCAACUGUUACUAAACCUACGGAUACUCCAAAGGUAAAUACAGAAAGUGCCAUUGAGGUGUGCAAACUUUUACCUAUACCUUUCGCAGAAAAAGUAAUGAAAUUCUGACACUUUGUACGUUUCAUCAGAUAUGAAUAGUAUAUUUCGAAUCGUGUAUUAAAGAAUUUUUGCAUGCCGAAAUUGAAACAAAAAAAGAGUUUGAUAACUUUAGAAUUUAGAAUGUUUAAAGAAUUAACUGUUUGAAGAAGGCGUUUAUUGCCUCUUCUACACACACAAAUUUAGAUGGUGUGUAGAAAGAGUAAUUAGAUUAAUUAUGGUGAGCUAUUCUUAAUGCUUUCCCAGUACAUUGUACUUGUUGAAACAUAGUUGGAACACUGAUCUGUAGUGUAUGACUAACAGUAGGAGACAAUGGGAUUAUUAUUGCAUGCAAUGUGAGAGUGUUGAAAAGCAAGGAAUAGAAUAUACGUUUAAAUUCAACAUGAUCAAACCUUUAUUUGUUAAUCUAAAGCUUGAACAAUUCGUGACUGCCAACUCUCAUCAACUUUCAUCCUCGUUUUCCCGCUUAAAGAAUGUUUGGGGUUGAUAAGAAUGACUGGUGGUGUAGGACACACCUAGUAUUAAGUAUUUAUUUUUAAACAAAAUCAUUGUCCUCUCAUGCUAGGUGUCCAGUAAAGAAAAACCUCCUGUUAAAAAAGCAAAAGGUGAGUGAUCUGCUUCUUUACAUCAUUUUUUUCCAUUCAUGUUUUCGUAUGAGUUGCAUUAUUACUUUCUUUUCAGUGGCGGAAACGCCGGAAGGCCAAAAACGAGAAAUCGCAAUAAACCAGAUUUUGGUAGGAAAAUAUUAUUCAAUGUAUAUUAUUUUUUAUAUUUAUUUAUUAGCUUUGCCGUAAAAUACAUUUACAAUUUAAGACAGGGAGUCCGCAACAGCACAUACCAUGCAAUUACUGCGGCCCCAUUAGACUACAAUAUAGACUUACAUAGUCGACGACAAGUAAUAUAACAUACAACGAGUGAAAAAUUACGUCAUUAUACACUACAUUCAGGACGAGUUUGCAACAGCUAGGCUAUGUUGCUAUGAGUUACACUUUGAACACACGUGUAUGGGUUUGUACGAGCGAGUAUCGUCUGUGUUAAAACAAGUUCUUUUUAAACAUCUUUAAAAAGAUGUUGUGUAAUAUUCGUAUAUCCUCAUUUUAAACGUUGAUUUUCUAUUCAAGAACUAUAGAAACUGCUUAAUUUUAACCUAUAUUUGUUGUUUUAAACAAUAGUAUAGUUGAUUCAUUUUAUUUUUACAUUUCUUGAUAUUAAAUAUUUUCAUUUUCUUUGCAAUUGAUUUGAUUAGAAAUAUACGACACAGAGAUAGUUUAGCCAGUUUAGAAUUUUCUAAUAUGUUAUUGUCCUUCUUGUGCAAUAGAAAGAUGUCAUAUUUGUGCUCAGCGGUUUUAAAAAUCCUGAACGUGGUAAUCUCCGAGAUAAAGCAGUGUCCAUGGGCGCGCGCUAUCGUGGAGACUGGGACAAAACCUGUACCCAUUUAAUGUAAGACCAGCACACUAGAAUUGUUCUAUUGUCUGAAAUGUUUAGUUAUUGUAUGAGUUUAGUUAAAGCUUUAGAUUAACGUACUGUGGACACCUUCAUGUAUCAGGAGCUAGAGAAUAAACAAUGGCAACAUGUCAAUUACUUGCCUUCACGAAGACAACAUGCUUGCCAUUUGCUAGCACCAGAUCGUAAUCACUGAGGGAUAGAGUUAGUAGCAGAAAGUUUCUUUUUUCAAUAUACAGGCCUUCUAUUUUUGGUGCAAAUGUGUAAUUUUGGCGUAACGUUUAUCAUUGUGUGCGAUGGUAAUCCAAUGCCCUGUUUCUUACUAUGUUUUCCUGACCGGUAAUAUAUACAGAUUGUAUUUAUUAAUUCUUAAUCUCCAUUUUAGAUGUGCGUUUAUGAAUACGCCUAAAUACUCUCAAGUCAAAGGUAUAAAAUAUUUAUUCUGAGUUUUAUAACUAUAAGUAAUAUAUUACAAAGACCAUCCAAAAGUAGCCUGCUCGCAGACGUUGUAUAUUUCUUACGCCAAACGACGAAAAACUAACGUCUGCUGACCCGAGCUGCACAUUCCAUUCCCUUUGUUUUAGGAGCCAAUCAUCUGGCAGUGUUCAAAAGAGUUAGAGCCAAUUGGAAGCCGCCUUAAUGAGGGAUUAGCUACUGGGGAAAACCCUAGCACAUGGGAAUAUAUUGUUUGGGUAGAAAUUUGUUUACUUGCGUGGAUAUAUUUUGGAAACUAUAGCGUUGAACACGAUGUUUACGUAGAAUAAUAUUGUGAUCAUCUUCUCGCAUGUUCUGCAAACAAUCGGUGUAUAUAUAAAAUGCAAAAGCAAUGCAAUAGGCGAAAUUUAAAUUUUUGUUAACAAUGACAAACAAUCAAUCGAUCGAGAAACUCGGGUAUAUCAGGAUAUGUCCAAAUGUUGCUCUUGAUACUUGCUGCCGUGACUUCGGCGAGAACUUCUAAAAGAUUAAGCUCUCGUUGUCAUGUGGAAAAGUAUAGCCAAGUUAGAGUAUAAACGUUUCGAAGUUUGGGCGAAUUGGGAAAUUCAUCUCGGCGCAAUUACAAGUUCCUCGGGUUUGCGUUGUGUUUACAGUUUACAUUCAGAAGUGGUUGCUCAAACAGCAAAUUAGUUUACUUUGAAGUUAAUAUUUCGCUUUCUAAGUCACAUAUUAUAGUAUUAUAUAAAAUUUUCUGUCUUCUGAGUUCUGUUGUCUUAUAAAGAUAAACAUCCGUCAAAAGUUCAAAUUUCAUGCAUGCUGUCUGGCAUAGAUUCAUGCAGUUUAAUGCCAUCCUGUCCACAUUUUAAAUAUAACCGAACAUCUUCAUUAUCCGAAUCUGAUCAUUAAUGGUGCAUUUUAUUACCUGGACAAGUAUCAAUAUCUUUAAAUUCAAUUUAUGUGCAAUUUUGACCAAAAUUCAACCGACGACUGCUUUCAUAAUAUUUAUUUAUAUUUAUUCCGCUCCUAAAUCAACUGUCGUCACUUUCCAGAAUUUGGAAGGUAAAUUCUGAUUGGUUGACGUAGCGGAAUUCAUUCUGGCGCUCGGGUAAGCAGACGUUAGUUUUUCGUCGUUUGGCGUAAGAAAUACAACGUUUGGGAGCAGGCUAAUCUAAAAGGACCACCCGGAACUUUUAAUAAAGAUUUUAUUUUUUCUAUAUAUACUAUACAAUAUACGUGUAAGUCAUUUUUUUCUUCCUCAUGUUACAGCAACUGGAAAAGGCAAAAUCGUUUCACAGAAGUGGGUGCAUGAUUGUCUCAGUAGGAAAAAGCGACUGCCAGAAAAGAGGUUAGAAAAAUAACAAAAUGUAAGCAAAUAUUUUUAAUUAAUUGACACAUCGCCCAACAUUCGUAGUCGAUUUCUAUCGUUGUACUAUAUUGUUGCCGUGGAAGUGUAUGGUGUAUGAAAUUUAGUUCAAUUUUCCUUUCUCCUACACCUGCCACUUCUGAAGUUGACCAGCUUCUGCUGCCCAACUAUGUGCUGCCCCAUAACGCUUACCGAAACCCAUGCACGACCAGGGGUUAGUCAGAAGAAAAAGAAUCCGGUAAUUUAAUGAAAUUUGAAAAUUCAGUUAGCCCUCGGCAUUCACACCCAAGUUUAAAAAUGUCGUCUAUAAGGAGACCUUUCUUAACUCUGGCCUGACUAGCUAAAUGGCUGAUUCCAGCUAUAGACUAAAUUCUGAUCAAAGCAAGAAGAACGAAAUCCAACACCACAGCUAGAAAGAGCGUCUUAGAAUGAGUAAAACUGCAAAGAUUGGUUGCUAAAUGUUGUAAAAUGAAGAAAAUAUAGCCCUGUGAAGUUCGCAAAUUUUGUAUAUAUUUGUAUUACGCGCGGUAAAAAUAACCACUUUCGGCUCAAAAAUGGUUAUUUUUCCCGCGCGUAAUGCAAAUAUAUACAAAAUUUGCGAACUUCACAGGGCUAUAUAUUUCCGCAAUUUACAACAAUUCGCAACCAACUUUGCAAUUUUACUCAUUUUAAGAUGCUCUUUCCAGCUAUGGUAAUGGUUUCGUUCUUCUUGUUUAGAUCAAAAUUUCGUUUUUCGUCGAUCUAAAUUGGAAAAUUGCUAGCUAUAUAAAUGUAUUUGGAAAAACGGCGUGUAAUGCCGAAUUUUUUAGUGUAGCUAUACCUUGGCACCAACUGUGCAUGCGCCAUGAGAUUACCCAACUGUCAGAUCAGUUGGGUGCUUAGUUGAUGAAUUCGGUUAAUAAAGUAAUAACUUCGAGAUUAUACGUUGCUUUAGAUACAAACUGAGAGGUGAUGAUAGCGAUGAUGAUGAUAGUAGUACCGAAGAAGAAAUUGAAAUACCUGCCGCUCGAAAAACAGAUAAAGAUCGUCCAACAACUUCACACGCCGAACACAUAGUAGGUUCAGUAUCUAAAUAUUCUUAUAAAUGCUCAUUCGUAUAUACACAAAAUGAGUUUACUAUAGCUACCUAUUUGGCUUCUAAUAUAUGCCCACCCUCUCAAAACCAAGUUUGCAUAAAAUGACGUUUUCAGUAUUAGAGAGCUUUAGAUUUCACUAUUCUAACGCAAAGCCCCGUCAGUAAACUUGCUUACACCAACACAGCAGAUUUCAAACUUGCUUUCAUUCAUUGUUUUUUCAGGCUUCGCCAUCUCGCGAGUUGACAUCUCCAAAAACAACUUCCGAAUGUAAGAUUUUUGCGUAAUUUUAGUAACGUUGUAAUUUGAAAUUGAUUUUAGUUUUCUAGGAAUUGAUUUGGGUUAGUGCUCAUGACUCAAACUGUGAUAUUGCUUAAAUUAUAGGAUCUGGCAACCAUGGAUAUGCCCUCAUCCCCAAAUUUAGAAUUACGGAUACAGACUGUGUAGAACAACAAAAACUAAAGCAAAAAUAUCCCUCUAAAUUUCCCAGUUGCCAUCUCUUAUUGGUCUACAAUGUCGACUACAAAAGGCAACCAGAGUAGCCGGGGAAACUCUCAUUAAGAAAAUAUGUGGUGUGUUUAGUAGAGUUUAACAUUACUCUGAUGCCAAAUUAUAACCAGGCAUGCAUCUGUAUACUGCAGGAAUUCGUCGCAGCAGUGAAAGACACAUGCCCAAACCACUGUGUCGCCAACAUCAACUCGUGACAGGUAUAUCAUUAUAUUAUCUGUUUCUCUAACUAUUUAGCAACUCCAGCGCCAGUCGCAACUACCCCAGAUGAAAUCAACAAAACAGACGAUAUUGAAGAGAACUCUUCACUUCAAGACAAUACUGAGAUCAUCGAAGAUGAACCAUCAGGCAGUGGACAUGAUACCGAAGAUGAAAUCAGAAGGUUGAAUUACUAAAAAAUAAAAAAUUGAAUAUAAAAAUAACGAUCGAAAUUGUUCGGGAAAAAACCGAUAAACGAAAUUUGGUCGACUUGAUUUCAUUUUAACUCCCGGCCGCCAUUGGUUAAAUCCUGUCAUGCUGUAAAAAAACUUACAUUACUGUAAUGUCGUAAGGGAAGUGGGGGUUACUGAUUUAACCGAAACAAAAUUGCAGAAACUGUAGUGAGGGGAUGGGGGCUAAUAGAGAGGGGCUUGAUAAGUUUUCCUCUAAAAGGAGCUCAUUAAAGGAGGCACUGAUUUGAGAGGGGAGUUAAUAGAGGAUUUACGGUAGUUCUUUUAGAUCUGUGAAUCAUUUAAUUCCUAUUAACAUUGUGAAAAAUUCCUAUUAUUUUUAAAUCAUUUAAUUCCUAUUAACACUGUGGUGCCGCCAGAAAUUCCCCGACGAUUGGGGCUCAGGUCCCCGACAAAGUGUUCUUGUGAUGUGAAAUGGUCACCAUCUUGCUUCAUAUUAUCCUAAAGCCGUAUAUAACCGUGGAAAAUGACCACACUAAAUAAUUGUAAAUGAUUUUCUCUCUGUGUAUUGCAACAGAGUAGUGAAAGAUGAGGAGGAUCCUUACAACUGUUCAACUGAAUGUGAGACUGAUGAUGAUGAUGGUGAUGGUGAUGGUGAUGAUGUUAUCAAGAAAGCGAAUCACAAGUUAGAAGGUGGGUUUUCUAUAUUUAUUUAUUUAUUUACUCAACUUCGCCAGGUAAAAUUGCACGAAUGACAUGCAUACAAUACAAAUACAAAACUAUACAAGUGACGAAUGGCGGGGACACCACAACAGUUAAAACCAAUUACUGCGGGCCCUUUUAACAUAUAAGUUACAUACAGAUAUCUAGAAACAACAGUUGAUAACAUUGGUCAAACUUCGACAAGAGUUACAAUUUAAACAUACAGAUCUCCAUGUUCUUGGGCCCUCUGCAUCAAAACAACUGUGCAGGGCUUUCGAAUAAUAUUGUCGUAACAACUCUUAAAUGUACUUAAACUUAUAUUUGGGAACAGGUGGGAAAUUUGUCUGAGCAUGCGCGAGUAAAAUGAGUCACGCAAUUGUGUGGAAUACACGCAACGCGUGUUUACAAAAAAGCACAAUCGUGUAAAUAUUGCAAAAUGUUUGUACAAAAUAAAUGACUGUUUUAUGUUGAAAGAGUCAACAUGUUCUAAAUUAAUCAUACAGAACUUUUUAGUGACGUUCUAUUUCACUAGUACCCUGCCAUUGUUUCUGGUGGGCUGUCCGUGUGCAUUCGAUCUGAAACAGUUGCUACUUUGCUGUCGAAGAAUUUCGAAUGUUUACAUGAAAAUAGAGGCAAGUCAUGCAUUUUACAACCUCUUAAACUGUAUGAGCCCCUAUUUUUACGCUUAUACCCAAGAUAUCAAAUAAAAGUACAUGAAACAGAGAACAUUUGUAGAAAGUUUUAUCGUGAGGCCACGGCCAGUUUUUAAAAUAUCUUUAUUUCUGUUCCGGUCAUCACCAAAAUUACACAAAAGCCGGGAUUGAAUAUACAACAAAUUUUGAAUCGCAUCAAGCACAAAAAUACUUAACGUGUAACCAAGAUAUGCUCAUGAAAUCGAAAUUAAUAGCUAAAUUUUCAAACUAGACCCUUCUCGAAGCGGUUUUCAUGAAGGAAGUUCACAUUUCGGCCUUUGAUUCUUGGCAAAAAUUUGACCACAACACGUGCGAAGCAACUGGGUCUCAAAGACUGAACUAAAACAUUGUGAGCCCCUAUUUUCCUGACGAUAUGUUUGAUACCUACAAACGCCGAAAACUUUUUUCUUUUCAUUUAGCUAUAUUUGAAAUUGAGGCCACGGGCUAUUUUUGAGAAAAUACAGUUCAAAGUCUAUUUUUACAUAUUUUCAAAAUUUGUCAAAUUUUGCGAGCUUGUAUUUUGAACUUAGACAGCUGAAGUUACAUUAACAAACAUAGGAUGGAAAAUUUGAGGCAUAUAAAGUUAAUUUCAACUUACAUUUCAUUCUCAAAUCACGUCUUUCUUCGUUUAUUACGGUUUUAAACAAGCCAUAGAUCGACGUAUACGGUAUUUACUCCCAUGUUCACGUCGCCAUAUGAACUUCUUCCAAUCACUCGAUUACAAAACAAUCAUCCCAAAACAAAGAAUUCAUGAUCGACUUUUAAAAGAAUAACCAAUAAUUUGUAAAUCGUUGAAUGGAAAGCAAAAAAUCGUCAGCUAAAACAGCUUCUUGCUAACUUUCUGCUUUGUUUUGAAUGUAAAUGCAAUGAGCUUUGUUUCUGCCCGCAAUUCUUUGGUCAGCGACGACAAAUUUCCCACCUGUUAUAUUUGGGUGUCUUAAGUCUGUUGGAAGACAAUUCCAUACUCUCGUGACGCGGGUAAUAUACGAUCGUUGGAAUGUCCUAGUCCUGCAUUUUGGGGGGGCGGAAGAAUAACUCACUGGCACUGGAAGAUCUAAUUACUCUCGUGGGAAUUAUCGGUGAAUAUCUUGUGCCCUUCAUUAAUUUUUGGCAUUCAUCAAUGAUGGUCAGUCUUCAGCUGGACAUGAAUCAGCAUCCUCCACUAAUAGACCUUAUGCAUAAUGACGUCAUUAAGUGUGAUGGGCGCGGUGAAUUCUGGUCUUAGUACUUACGGCGGGAAAGCAAUCCAGCAUGGCUACUGUCGAUGGUGAGUGUGCUGCUGUUUUUUGUCCUAUUUAGAGAGGCUGUUCAACAAAAUCAUUGGCAAAACUUCCUCCGUUCACCCUCGAAAUAAACUGGUGAAGAACGGCGUACAAUGCCCGAUAAAACAUCCUGAAACACAACGCGUAAACAUCCAGCAUCUCCACUUCCUUUACUCGUACUAGUCCGUGAAAGCGGACUGUUGCCGUUACUUUCAGGGCUUGACAUCCUCUGAAGACAAGUGCAAGAGUUCUGAAAAGAACUAGGGUCUUCAUUGGCUUCAUGGCUUGUAUAUACAGCCUCUAAAAUACGAAAAAGGACAGCAGCACACUCGGCCAUACUGGACCAAAAUUCACCGCGCGCAUCACACCUAUUGACGUUAUUAUGCAUAAAGGAUAUUGGUCAUGUACGUUUUCUGAUAACACUCAUUUAGUUUUCCUGUAUCAGCUGUUCUUUGCAACACCACGAGUGACCAGAUAGGCGCAGCCUUCGUUCUUGCAUAACCUGGUAAUCUCAUCAGGAAGUUUCCCACAAUUAUAGCUCUUCUAGUUUCAUACUAGACAAUAGAGUACAACGAAGAAUUUGUUGCCUCGAGCGGGAUUCGAAAUCGUAUCUUCGGUCAAGACAACCCGCUCGAGAAAAGGAGAUUUUCGUUGUACUCUACAGUGUCAGAAUAAUAUGAAACUAGUUUUUUCAUAUCUGAGGACGGUUCUUUUACAGCUCUUCUGUUAUUAGGUAUGUCCUUCACUCAACGUUUAAGAUGGCCCUCGACAUUCUUGUUUUCCAUUUACAGCCUUUUCUUGUUACCAAAUUAAAGAUGUUUAAUGUUGAUCAAUAUGUAACACUGGAACCCCUCUUCACCUCUUUAAUAUUGCUCAUUUUGUCGAGAGCUGUCCUUUUCCAAACUGACUAGAACAAUCAGCCAAAGUUACUAUGAUAUUCAUUGUAUAUAUUGUGAUUGUGCUUGAAGUCCCCAUCCCAUUUCCUCCCAUAAAAACGCAUUCAUGUAGUAGAGGAUGUUAAAGAGGGAGGGUAUUGUUCACGUGUGACGAUGGCACAGUGAUUUCACAAAGAAAAAAUCUUCUAUUUCACGUUUCACGGAAAAAAGACGGUGUUACUAAAAUAUUUCUUCUCCUAGAGAUGUAAAUUGUUCGUUCAUUGUAAGCCAUGAUAAAGAAAUGUUUUGGUUGGUUUGCUAUUGCUAUUUUUCCUGUUUGUCUCGAAACAGCUUCAAUGAAGUAGUCCCUCCCAAAAAUUGUUAAAAUGACGUUUCACGGGAAAUCGGUCUUUAAAUCUUGUUUUGCGUAAAAUAAAUAAAGGAUUUCACGGGAACUAUUCUUAAAUCACGAUUCACGGAAAGUAAAAUAUCCAUUUCACGUUUCAUAGAGGAUAAAAAUGGUAAUUCACGCUUCAUAAUAUUGUAUUCUGAACUAUUUUAGAUAAAACGACACUUACGAAAUCACCAACUGUGGACUUAAUCAAUCUACCCGAUUUCUUUUCAAAGAUGACAUUCUUUCUCUAUGGAGAGUUUGACUCUGAAGAAAGGAGAAUGCUUAUUCGUUAUAUAACAGCCUAUGAUGGGUAAGUUGUCCAAAGUUUUGUAUGGUUAUGUGCACUACGCUCCAAAAACACCCUGGUUAUAGAAUUUUCCUGGUUAACCUAGAAAUAACCCUGUUUGGGUUAACGUAAUAUCUCUGGUUGAAUUUCCUGAUAAUUUUAUCUCACUUCUUACCAUAGUCUGGUUAUAAUGUAACCAAGAAUCUGGAACCAGGUCGAAAUAUUUAUUAUCCUUUGAUACUGAUCUAUAUUCAUUUAUUUAUUAGUAUUUAUGCAGUUAGUGUCAAUACAAGUAUUAGUUCCAAUCCCUGAAUUACAAUUGGCUUGAUUUGAGUCGACAUUCCGCCCUUCGUCAAAGGGCUUACAGUAGUAGAAGGACCCAUGAUACAAAUUACAAAGAGGAAUGGCUCUAAACGUCGGAAAUUUAUUUUCAGGUAGUUCAAAUACAAACCACUGUAGCUUAUAGCAGGGAUGGAUUUACUUGGGGGCAGGGGUGUGCACCUCCUUAACUUUGGUAAGGGGGGUGCAGGGGCAAUUUCAUUAUCAAAUAGAUUUUUUUCAAUUUGGAAAGGCAAUAUUCUGUCACCAUUACCACAAUAAUGCCCCUGAAUCCUUCCAGGGGGCAUUGUUUCGCCCAUACUACAAACCACUACUGCGCGUAGCUCCAAAUGAUUAUAAACUUGAUCAACGGUCGCAUUCCGAACCAUUAUCAUGGGUCGAUGAGUACCCCAACAGAUCUGGCUGGAUCCCUUCCUCCCUCCCUCCCUGGCGAAUAGUAUAGAAUGUUAUAUCUACAAUUCUGCUACCUCUGUGUUUAGUUUUUUUUAUUUCUUUAUAGUGAGCUGGAGGAAUAUAUGAGUGACACUGUGAAAUACGUGAUAACUAAUGAGAAUUGGGAUGAUAAUUUUGAUGAGGUAUGA